GCGGGUUCAAGUUGUGGGCCGCCUUCUUGCAGGUGGUGUCCACAUUGCUUCGGGCAGUCAUUCAUCGGGCUUGGAAGUGACGGUGACAAACGGUCUUCUCUGCGUAGCCGAAGCGAUUCGCCGACUGCUCUUUCGGACCAAGAGGAGUGGAAAUACUUGUGGAGAAAGAUUCAAAAUUGGAACUAAGAUAGACCACAAGGCCUCAUCUUGCUUGGAGUACAAACACUUGCAAAGCGAUAAGUUCUCCCUACCUAGGCCUAUUAACAGCAUGGACAAGGAUGCCUCGUGGCUGGCGCACUUUGAGGAGCAGUUCAGCCAAGUGGCUGGCGAUGAUCGUAACAUCUACCUGGAGGAAUUCACCAAAGCGCUGAACGUCAAGAAGUCGUUCUUCGCCGAGCGAUUUUUCCACCUGAUUGACACCGACUGCUCCGGUAGUAUUAGCCUGAAGGAGCUCCUGGUGGCCCUGCGCCUGCUGGUACACGGGACGGCCACCGAGAAGCUACGCUUCCUAUUUCGGGUCUACGAUGUCGAUGGCAACGGGUCCAUCGACUUCAGUGAGCUUCGCACCGUGCUGAAGUCCUGCACGGCGGAGAGCGCUCUCCAGCUCAGCGAGGAGACCCUGGACGAGUUGACCGAGGUGUUGUUCGAGGAGGCCGACACGGACUCGAGCGGCGCCAUCAGCUUCGAGGAGCUGCAGGCACAACUCGAGAAGUACCCGGAUAUUGCUGAGAACCUCACCAUAAGUGCCGCCGACUGGUUGCGCCCCCCAUCUGCAUCCCAGAAGAAGAAGAAGCAAUCGGCCAGCCACGACUGCUGCCGUAAUCGCUGCCCGCGGCUCAGGUUGAAGAGUGUCCGUAACAACCAGAGCAUCAUCAUCUUUAUCGCCGUCUACGUGGCGCUUCACAUCGGACUGACGGUGUGGGGCGUCGUCGGGUCGUGGCGAGCCUUCCCGGACAAACCCUGGUUGAUGGUGGCCCGAGGAGCGGGUCGGUGUUUGAGUUUCGACUGCGUGUUCGUCCUGUGUCUAAUGCUCCGUAAAUGCUUGACUGUGAUACGUAGCACCAACGUGGCAGCUGCGUUAGUCCUGAUUGACCAACACGUGGACUUGCAUAAAUUAGUCGGCUACGCCAUCGUUGGAUUGUCUCUUGUGCACAUUAAUGGACAUGUUUUUAAUUUCCUCGAUAUGUCUCUUGGAGCCACCAACUACACGUUGGUAGAGUAUCUAUUCACGGUGACCCCUGGAAUUGGUUGGGUAGCUGGGACUGCCAGUAUCACAGGUCACGCCCUGACUGUUAUCCUCCUCAUCAUCUUCGUCUUCUCGUUCUCCUUCAUCCGGCGAAGAGGUUACUUCCAGGUGUUUCACAUGACGCAUCAGUUCUCCAUUUUGUUCUGGAUUCUCCUGAUCCUUCAUGCCACCACGUUCUGGAUGUGGUUCAUCUUGCCUGGUACUCUUUACGCCAUCGAGCGAUUCCUCCGGCUGAAGUUGGUGCGCCGGGCUCGAGACGGCCGGACGUUCAUCAAGAAAGCCGUCGUGUUACCAGCCAACGUGACCCUGCUCAUUAUUCCUAGACCUCCCAAGCUUCGGUUCCAUCCUGGUGAGUACGUUCACAUCAACAUCCCCCAGAUAGCCAAGAACGAGUGGCACCCCUUCACCAUAUCAAGUGCUCCUGAGCAGAAAGCUUUUAUUACUCUUCACAUCCGGGCCAUCGGUAACUGGACAAAGCGACUCCGUGCCGUCUGCAGGGAACGACAGCAAAAAGAACUAACGUGCUUCGAGAACCCGGCCUCCGAAAUUAGAGAGGGUAAAACCCUUGAGGUCCUCGCAGAGGAAGGAUCGCUACGAUCCCCCAUAGCGUCGCCGAAGAGAAGCCCUGGCCAGUCCGCGGAGGGACACGAGCUUCAGUUCGCCCUGCCUGGUACACUGGGUAGCGAGGACGAAAGGCCAAGUCGAACGACAGACUAUCGGUCAAAAGUUGACAGGUGCAAUAACGUUAGAGAACAGGGAGUUGGUGGAGAUGAUAAGAAUCGGUUAACAGACUUGAGCGAUACAGAAAGCGGUAUCGAGACCGUCGUGCCAGUGGAAUCGACCAAAGUUAAGCCACUCUCUGGGCCCUUGAUCCUCCCGCCGAUACAGAAGAUGAGUCCGCUCAUUAGCGAGUGCUACGCUGAAGACAGACCGCUAUCGUCCAAAGCCACCCCUUCCAAGCCGACUUCCACGCCGACUUCCACCGCCGGGCCGUCCAGAAAAGACAGUGGAGUGUCAAUCGAGCAGCGAGUCCUUCAGAGUGUGAGGGCAUCGUCGGGCCACAGCGAGACGGACCUAAGGGGAAAAUCAACGGGCUCUCAGCCCCGGACGUUUCUCUCCUGGACUCCGCAGUCACCACCAGUGUCACGGCGGCGAAGCAGCAGUUUCAAUAGGAAACUGACUCAACAUUCCUUGGAUGUUGUCGAAUCCCUCGUCGAGGACCCCGACGAACAUACAGGGAUCGAGGUGUACAUAGACGGGCCCUACGGCGCCCCUUCGCAGCACAUCUUUGAGACCGACCACGCCGUGCUGAUUGGUGCAGGGAUCGGUAUCACGCCCUUUGCGUCCAUCCUGCAGAGCAUCCACGAACGGCACAAAAUGGCCACCAAACGAUGCAAGAAAUGCAACUACGCCUGGCUGGAGGACACACCUUCUCUGCUGAGGCUCAAGAAGGUUGAUUUCUUUUGGAUUACGCGGCAACAGCGGUCUUUCGAAUGGUUUCUCAGCCUGCUUAAUCACAUCGAGUUAGAGCAGGAGGAGAUGAUGUCAUCCGACAGAUUCAUCAAUAUCAAUUUGUACAUGACAGCAGCAUUGGGCAAACAUGACAUGAAGGCAAUUGGCCUGCACAUGGCCUUAGAUCUCAUCCACAAGAAGAAGCGGCGAGACAUGAUUACCGGCCUGAUGACGCGAACGCAGGCCGGCCGACCAGACUGGGACCGGGUCUUCGACGACAUCGACCAGCGCAAACGAGGCAAGGUCACUGUGUUCUUCUGCGGCUCCCCAAGCCUCGGGGAGGUCCUCAAACGCAAGAGUCAAGACCACGGCUUUGGGUUCCGAAAGGAAAACUUCUGAGUGAUAAGUUGGCAAUCAGGAAAGAAUGAAAUAUGUGGGAUGGAUGUUGUAGCAUAAGAUGCGAUACAUAGAGGAUAGGGAAAUAGUAAAGAUAGCAACGUUGUGUCGGCCUAAGAACGAUACUUAAGGCGCUGAAAUGAAAGGUUCGGUGCAUUGGAAGGGAUGAGAUUCCUGCAGACAUCUGCAGAAUGAUUUUUGUCUUGUAAUUAUGCCUCUUGAACGUUGUAAACAAUUCAUGUAAAGAUAUGCUACAUCUCAGUGUACCGCGUACUACCUUUGUUGAAAAUGAUGUACUUAAAUUUAUGGGUGAAUGACAGGCACAAUGUACGCUUAUAACGUAAGUUAAACUAUCAAAUGAGACCAAAGUACUAAAGACCCAAGAUUUAAUUAAGUCGAAAUGUUAUAAUUAUUAUACAGGGACUAAGAUACUUGCGAUAAAAGAACACAUAUCAUUGUCGCUGUUUUAUUAAUUUAGUAUACAUACAUAUGGUACUCUGAACUUGGGUUUAGAUUUUUAAUGAUAAACAUGACUUUCGUUGGUUGACUUUUUGUACUUUAAUACAUUAUGCAAGUUUUCGUUUGAUCGCCAUUUUCCAUUCUGUUUCUCGUAAUACUUAUGUUGUUGCUGUGACUCGCAUACUAUUCCGCUCUUUUCAUGACUGUAAGGCGAUCCAGCUGGACUCGCUAUGAGUAUGUUUUCAACAUCCAGCGGGGAUAUCGCACGGACGUGUAUAAUAAAAUCUGGACUCGCAAUGUUCUUAAACAGCUUAUAGAGAUCAUUGAAUCCAUUCGCG